AAUAAGAUCCUUUCUCUUCAGUGUAAACGGAAGUGAACUGACCAAGAACAAUCUCCACGUUAGCGUUAUUGUUGUAAUUUAGACGGUUAUUGUUGUAAUUUAGACGUUUAUUAACACCAUGGAACUCGAAAUAUGACUCAUUUAACUGCACUACAUCAUAUACUUACACUAGGCAGCGUUUAAUUCGCGUUGAAGACAGGACUUGGUUGAUAAAUGUUAUCAAGAUAACGCUAGCUAGCUGCUAACAAUGGCUAACUGUAUGGUUUUUCACACUCAAAUAGCCUCCAUUAUGGAGGUACUAGCAAAUGCAGCCGUGGCAGACAUCUGUAAACUCGUAGACGACGACUAUGCAGUGUUUCGUUUGGAAAUAACUCAAAGCCAGAAAGAAAACAGGGCAUUGCGGAGGAAACUACAGCUACUGGAACUGAAGGUGGCACGGGAGCGCGUCCUCGCCAGUCGUCCCAGUAGUGUCAAGAUUCUCGACCAAUACAAAGGAAUGGCAAGCGGUGAAGGACAUCUCACUGGAGGCCACAGAAGCUUUGUGAAGCCAGUGGGACACAAUACAUGGAGAGGUGACCAACCAAUCACUGUUGAUGAGGGGAGUGGAACCUCAACCCAGCAUGUUAUCAUGAUAGAGGCUGGAAGUCCUAAAGUCAAGCACGAAUGGACUGAAGGAGAGGAGGACCCACAGCACAGCAGAGACAUCCAGACUGGAGUACUUGAAGCGCCCGCUGUAGCCACAGAGGACCCUAUCACAGCGCAGCCCAGGACCCAAUGCAGCAUCACGGAGGUCAGUGGAAGGCCAAACGCUGUCCUCAAGUCAGAGACCGACACCAAGACUUUAACACACCGGCUCUUACACACAGGCUCUGAUCAUAGAUCAGACCCUGAGAGACUGGUGGUGGGGCCACUGGGCUGUCCUCUUGCUCCUGGCUCAGAGUAUUUACCAGUAUUUCACCAGAGCCAGAGAACGGUUCAUUCCCGUGGAGAUGGGGAUGCGUUAUACACGGACGUUGAUGAUCCGUCUUGUUCUUAUGCUACAGAGAUGGAACCUGGCAACAUGCCCUUGGGUUUAAAGACACAGACUGAUCUGUCUAAAGGGGACUGGAACCAGUACAGUAGUAGUGUAUACUCUGAAGGGUGCCUAGAUAAGAAAGGGGAGGGUCUGGUCACAGAUGAAGUGACUGUAAAAGUGGAGGGCGACGUUCCUCAAACAUGGAAUGCCGAUAGUCAACUUGGAGACGGACACUCACAGGGUAGAGAUUUCUUAGAUUACAGAGAAAGCUUAGAAACAACUCAAAAUGUGGCAACUAACUCCCCUCUACACACGUUCAGGGAUCGUGACCCAGUGUCCAUGUCGAUGGGUCCUUCUGAUUCGUACGGCCAAAUCCUUUUCGAUCAGGUAUUGAACUCAAACGACAGGGCUAGAGCCCAGGCUCAGGGAGGGGGAGCCACAUCAGGCAAUGUUAAAGAGAAACGGUUCCUCUGCAUGUUCUGUAACAAAGCCUUCAGCUGCCCCCAGACGGUGGAGGUGCACCAGAGGAUCCACACAGGGGAGAAACCCUACAGCUGUACCCAGUGUCACAUGCGCUUUGCGCAGUCUGGCAGCCUAAAGAGGCACCAGAGAGUCCACACAGGUGAGAAACCCUACAGCUGCCCCCAGUGUGAGAAGAAGUUCUCCCACCAGCACCAUCUGAAGACGCACCUCAAGGUCCACACGGGAGAAAGGCCAUUCGCCUGUACGCUCUGUGGGAAAAGGUUCUCAGAGAGGAGCUACCUCAAGAUACACCAGCAGAAAAACCAUUCCACUCUAUAGCUUCUAAUGUUUAGAUCAAACCCUGCAUUAAAGACAAAUAUACAUUUAAUGGUUGUCAGCAGAAAAGAACCACAGAUGCAUUUGGAAUAAUGAGAGUAACAGAUUUCAGUGUUGAAUAUUCCUGAGUAGAAUAUUGCAUCCAGACAUUGUGAUAUUUAAGCCUAAGAAGUCUGUUACAUAUUGUGUUUGUACCGUGUAGGCUAUAUGAUGUUCACAAAUGCCUAUUUCAUUACUUCCAUUUAACUACUUAAUUUUUUUCCAUUUUUAAUGAGUUAAUAAAUGCAGUUCAUGCUUUUUGUUGA